GAAACCUCUCACUCCGUCUCUCUCAAUUUCCCGAUCAGCCAUGGCUUCCGACUCUUCUCCCGGCAACCCCAACGACGGUCCUUCUUCUCCCGGAGAAAAUGCUUCAAGCCCUAUCGGAAACACUUACUCUUCCCCCGCCGCUCUCCGCCGUCUCCACCGAGGAAGGUCCUCUACACCCACGCAGUUCGCUACUCCUCCACCACGUGUCCCCUCAUCCAAUUCCACUCCUCCGACAUCUCGUCCUUCCGCCGCCAGAUCUAAAGGAAGAAAAGUUCGCGGCAGCGGAGGUGGCGGUGGCGGCGGUGGAGACCCAGGGACACCAUCGUAUGCUGACGAACCUAUGCCUUCUUCAGAUGACGGUGAAGACGACGGCGCCGACGAUGCUACUCCGACUUUCGUUUGGGGUACUAACAUCAGUGUGCAGGAUGUUAAAUCUGCGAUUGAAUUGUUCGUUAAGCAUUUUAGAGAAGCUAGAGAGAACAGUGAUGAUUUGUUUAGAGAAGGGAAGUAUAUGGCUUCCAUACGCAAAGUGAUUGAAAUUGAAGGAGAGUGGAUUGAUGUUGAUGCCUUUGAUGUGUUUGAUUAUGAUCCUGAUUUGUACAACAAGAUGGUUAGGUAUCCUUUGGAAGUUCUCGCCAUUUUCGAUAUUGUGCUGAUGGAUAUUGUUUCCACGAUUAAUCCUUUGUUCGAGAAACAUGUUCAAGUGAGGAUUUUUAACCUCAGGUCAUCUACUUCCAUGAGAAAUCUCAAUCCAUCUGAUAUCGAGAAGAUGAUCUCUUUGAAAGGUAUGAUUAUUCGGAGUAGCUCUAUCAUUCCUGAAAUCAGGGAAGCUGUGUUUAGGUGCCUUGUUUGUGGAUACUUCUCUGACCCCAUCAUCGUUGAUAGAGGCAAAAUAAGCGAGCCUCCAACUUGCUUGAAACAAGAGUGCAUGGCCAAGAACUCCAUGACACUAGUGCACAACAGAUGCAGGUUUGCCGAUAAGCAGAUUGUGAGGCUUCAGGAAACGCCUGAUGAGAUUCCAGAAGGAGGAACACCUCACACAGUUAGCCUGUUACUGCAUGAUAAGCUAGUUGAUAAUGGAAAGCCUGGUGAUAGAAUUGAGGUCACUGGAAUUUACAGAGCAAUGACUGUCCGAGUGGGGCCUGCUCACAGGACUGUGAAAUCUGUGUUUAAGGUUUUGGAGAGUGGAGCUCUUGUUCUUAGUGACCGAGGUAUCUGUUGUAUUGAUGAAUUUGACAAAAUGUCUGACAGUGCGAGGAGCAUGCUUCAUGAGGUGAUGGAACAGCAGACUGUUUCANCAAACAUCUGGGAGUUGGAUGAUGUUAAAAAGGGUCUUCUGUGCCAGCUUUUUGGAGGGAAUGCUUUGAACUUGGCAUCUGGUGCUAAUUUUCGUGGUGACAUUAACAUCUUGCUUGUUGGUGACCCUGGUACAAGCAAGUCCCAGCUGCUCCAGUACAUUCAUAAGCUUUCACCCCGUGGAAUUUAUACAAGUGGGCGAGGUAGCUCAGCUGUUGGUUUGACAGCUUAUGUAGCUAAAGAUCCUGAGACAGGAGAAACUGUUUUGGAGAGUGGAGCUCUUGUUCUUAGUGACCGAGGUAUCUGUUGCAUUGAUGAAUUUGACAAAAUGUCUGACAGUGCGAGGAGCAUGCUUCAUGAGGUGAUGGAACAGCAGACUGUUUCAAUAGCAAAGGCUGGUAUUAUUGCAUCUCUAAAUGCCAGAACCUCUGUGUUGGCUUGUGCAAAUCCUAGUGGCUCACGCUAUAAUCCCCGGCUUUCUGUUAUUGAGAAUAUUCACCUUCCUCCAACCUUGCUUUCUAGAUUCGAUUUGAUCUACUUGAUUCUUGACAAGCCCGAUGAGCAGACUGACCGAAGGCUUGCGAAGCAUAUUGUGGCCCUACAUUUUGAGAAUGCCGAGAGUGCUCAGGAGGAAGCUAUAGAUAUUACUACUCUGACAACGUACGUUAGCUAUGCCCGCAAGAACAUUCAUCCUAAACUAUCAGAUGAAGCUGCAGAGGAGUUGACCCGAGGAUAUGUUGAGCUGAGAAAAGCAGGGAAGUUUGCCGGUAGUAGCAAAAAGGUCAUAACAGCAACUCCUAGGCAGAUUGAAAGUUUGAUCAGACUUAGUGAGGCCUUGGCUCGGAUGCGCUUCUCCGAAUGGGUCGAGAAACAUGACGUGGACGAGGCAUUUCGACUUCUCAGAGUUGCAAUGCAGCAAUCAGCAACCGAUCACGCCACAGGGACCAUUGACAUGGACUUGAUAAAUACUGGAGUGUCAGCAAGUGAGAGAAUGAGACGUGAUAUCUUUGUGUCGUCAAUUCGAGACAUAGCUCUUGAGAAGAUGCAAAUAGGAGGAUCAUCAAUGCGCUUAUCCGAGUUACUGGAAGAACUGAAGAAGCAUAGAGGCAACAUAAGCACCGAAAUCCAUCUUCAUGAUGUAAGGAAGGCAGUCGCAACGCUAGCCAGUGAAGGAUUUCUGGUAGCUGAAGGUGAUAGGAUCAAGAGAGUAUAAUCACAGAUUCAUGAAGAAAACUUUGGAAAUUUAAGUAGGCAUUAUUAAUAGGAUACCCAUCUCUGCCCAUCUUUUAACUAUUUGUGAAUUUGUAAUGAGAUUUAACUUUUAAAAGAUAAUCUAUCUAAUACAUUUUGAAUGUUUCUUUAUAUA